AAGUGAGGUGAGGUCUGCUAAGUACCUUAGAGCACUAUAGAGGCGUGUGAUGAUCCCCCUGCACAAGGUACAGAGCCAACGUUAGUGCCUCUCUGCAGGCAGUCACUGGCUUCCAAAAAGCAUUAAUGCACUGGACGGAGUGAGAAGCUGGAAAUCGGGUGGUGGAGUUUUGUUCAGGGUGUGAUAGAACUACGGGCUCAAGGACAAGAGCCAAGAGAGUGUAAAAUCAACGGAUCACUCUGUGACAGCUACUUCUUUAAAAAUAUAAAUAUUUUGUCAUUGCACCUACUUUUCUCCCUCCUGAAGAUACACCCCAAAAUCAAUGUAAGCACCAGGGCCCCCCAGAGCUGGUGUGAUGUCACAUCCGUUGCCCAGGUCUAAGCACCUCUCCUAGAAGCUCUCCUCCUCUUUUUCUUCAUCCCUUACCCGAUUCUCGUUUCUUCUGGGCUCCUAACUUUGGCUGCUGGAUCAUCACCAGGGACAGCGCGAGAUCAGCACCAGGGACAGCGCAGGAUGUACAGCAAGGAUCAGUGCUGAUGUGCUGGCCAGACAGGGGAGCAGCAUCAUGCAGACUCCUCACAGGCUUCUCAUCAUCACCAUCCUGGCUCUGCUGGAGCCUUGCAAGACACAAAUAAGUCCUCGAGAAGGUUGGCAGGUUUACAGCUCUGCUCAAGACCCCGAUGGCCGAUGUAUAUGCACCGUGGUGGCUCCAGAGCAGAACCUGUGCUCCCGAGAUGCCAAAAGCAAGCAGCUGCGCCAACUCUUAGAAAAGGUGCAGAACAUGUCCCAGUCAAUAGAGGUGUUGAAUCUACGCACACAGAGGGAUUUUCAGUAUGUGCAGAAGAUGGAGACCCAAAUGAAGGGUCUGAGGUCCAAAUUUCGGCAGAUUGAGGAAGAUCGCAAAACGCUCCUGACACGUCACUUUCAGGAUCUCAAAGAAAAGAUGGAUGAGCUGCAGCCACUAAUCCCUGUUUUGGAGCAGUAUAAGACAGAUGCUCGGCUCAUUACACAGUUCAAGGAAGAGAUCAGAAAUCUAACUGGAAUUCUCACCGGCAUUCAACAAGAGAUUGGAGCAUUUGACUAUGAAGAACUGCACCAGAGGGUUCUGGGACUGGAGACUCGUCUUAGAGAAUGCAUGAAAAAACUGACUUGUGGAAAACUAAUGAAGAUUACAGGACCAGUCACAGUGAAGGCAUCUGGGCCAAGGUUUGGAGCUUGGAUGACAGAUCCUGUAGCCUCUGAGAAAAACAAUCGCGUCUGGUACAUGGAAGGAUUCACAACUAGCAAGAUUGUGCGAGAGUACAAGUCAUUGGCAGAUUUUGUCACUGGAGCUGAAUCCAGGACUUACACCUUACCGGUCAAAUGGGCCGGUACCAGUCACCUGGUUUACAAUGGGUCACUUUUCUUUAACAAGUACCAGAGCAACAUCAUCAUUAAGUACAGCUUUGGUACUGGGAAGAUUCUGGCACAGCGUAGCCUGGACAACGCUGGUUUCAACAAUGUCUAUCCUUACACAUGGGGUGGCUACUCUGACAUAGAUCUGAUGGCUGACGAGUUUGGACUAUGGGCUGUUUAUGCUACCAAUCAGAAUGCUGGAAAUAUUGUUGUCAGCCAGCUACGACAGGACACAUUAGAGGUAGUUAGAAGCUGGAGUACUGGAUACCCCAAGAGGAGCGCCGGAGAGUCCUUUAUGAUUUGUGGCACAUUGUAUGUCACUAACAACCACCUUACUGGGGCCAAGGUCUACUACUCAUAUUCAACCAAGUCCUCUUCAUAUGAGUACAUGGACAUUCCAUUCCAUAAUCAGUACUUUCACAUAUCCAUGCUGGAUUACAAUGCCCGAGAUCGUGCCCUCUAUGCCUGGAACAAUGGACACCAGGUGCUCUUCAAUGUCACGCUUUUUCACAUCAUUAAGACGGACAGUGAUGUUUGAAGUUCAGCAUCCCAGCAUCCCAGGGUCUCUGACUCGUCCUUUACAAUACUGUUCUUCAUUUACUGUGGGGAUUUUUUUUUGCCUAUAUCAUUUACAUUUCUUUAUUUCAUUUUAUACUAUUUCUGACAUUUAUUAUUGUCUUAUGUUGAAUAUGUUUCUACAGAAAUGGGGAAAAAUGGUCACACUUUAAUAUGAACAUUGUUAAAGUAUAAACAUCCUGGUGGCCAUUUUGUACAGUGGGGCCAUUUUGAAGCCAUUUAACUUUUGAAUUUUGUGGUGUACUAUAAAAAGCAGCUUACAAAUGCUUUAUAUUGAGUAAAAAAAACAUUGGAUUGUAAAGCAGAGCUACUUUUUCUCACAUCUAUGAGAAAAAAUAAAAAGGGAACAUUAGUCAUCCCAAUCAAAGACAUUAAUAAAGUUCACAUAGUCCUAAAGCCCUGAUGGGAUAGAGCCCUCACAUCUUGCCUUCGAAAACAAUAAUGAAAUACAUAUAGUGUAUCAAGGGCAUGAAUGUCAAUGUUCCAAGGUAUUAUAAUUUCCUCUGUUAAUACUUUUAUAUAACAACAAUAACAUAAAGCCCUAUAGAUAUGGAAAUUGGACAAAAAAAAAAACACCUUUAAAAGCCCCAGCUUUGAACAAUGCAUGCAAAGGGUAUUCCUAACGAAUGAGAUUGCAAUGUGGACAACACUUGAAGUAUGGGCAACAGAUACUUUAAAUAGCAGAAUAACAAUUGUAAUUGCUGAUGUAAUGUGUGUGCCACUACUUUAAGGGCGCACACGUACACUCUUUCCUGCAUAUUUGCCUUCAAAUUACAACUUUGUGCAGCCAGCAUUUGUGAGUGUGGCAGCAAAACAGUUGGGGCUAUUAGCUACUACCUUGCAGCCUGUUGCGCUGAAAUCAUUGAGCACAGCUGUGGUGUAUGUAAUACAUCAAUAUUUCACAUGACGCUCUCAGUCAACAGCAGAGCACAUGUACAUAUUGAGUGUAGUGCUCCUGUGGAGCUCUGUUAUAUUAAACUAAGUGAAUGCCACAGACAACGUUGCAAUUGAUUUAAAGCAAAACACAGGAGCGUAACAAAGUGUGAGUCCGGUCCAUUCUUAUAUUGCUUUUGGACUAUCAGAUAAACAGCAUUUACCAGCCUUUUCUUAACAAGAAAGGCUACUGAAUGCCUACUGUCUAUUCUAUUGGGGCCCCUACAUCUAUGAUGUAUUCUAUUGCCCCAAUUCCCCAUUCUGCUGACACCGGAGUUGGUGAAUCAGGGAAAUUUAAUGUUGGAUUUCCUUGAUUUGCCAGUUUCAGCCAAAAAAUGAUCGGAAUCAACAAAUCUGGGAAUUUUAACCUGAUUCCCCAACAGAUCACCAAUCGUUGAUGGCCGUCAAUCUGCAUUUUUGAUCAGCAGAUCCGGGAAUCGUGAUACUCAUGUAUGGCCAGCUUAUGUGUACAAGCAUUUAAACUUAGGUUAAAAUACAUUUACUGAGGCAAAAAGUGUUCAGUUUUAUAGUCUCCAUAUAUCUACAAUGCACUGUCCCAAUUCCCUAUCUGCGGACACCAGGGUCGGUGAAUUGAGGAAAUCCAAAUAGUUGGAUUUCCCCGAUUUGUCAAUUUUGACCAAAAAAUGAUCGGAAUUGACAAAUUAGGGAUUUUUAACAUACAUAAUUUCCCCGAUUCCCCGACAGAUCACGAUCAGUGGCAGAUUGGAUCAUAGAAUAAGGGAAUUGGGACUCUGCUGUAUGACCAACAUUAGCUUAUUGUGUCAAUUGGAUGUAACAAUAAGAAAAAAUCUUUAUACAGUAGCAAGACAGCCUUCCCAGAAGUCACCAAUAAAAUACUAAAUCAACAUAUGAUUUAGCGUCCCUUAAGAAUUUCAAUAUAUAUGAGGUGCUCAUUAAUAUUUAUAAGCUGUGUAACAUGUUCUGUAAGCUAUAGCAAUGAAUAAGCUAUCAGAUUUAAGGUAACUUGCAUAGUAUGCUAUUGCUUUUCUUAUGGGUCACUGAUAGACAGUAAGCCAUCUAUGGGCCUGAUUAAUAGUUGUACAUAAACCCGAUGGUUUACUCACAACUCCGAUGUUUACUGAUGGGCACAGGAUCUGUACUGCCAAUCUCUAUCCGCAGUCUCACUUGCAGUGCCCCAAAGCCACAGCAUGAAUGACAUGAUUGACAUGCCGCGGCCAUUUGAAGGGGGUGGAGCGGGAAAAGUGACAGGGACUGUUCUAUAAAAAUGGGGCGUGUCCCCCCCCCCCCCUUCCCGGAUUGUACACGUGCCAAGGCCGGGAUUUACAUAAUUUGAUGCAGAUUUCUUGGCCCCUGAAGCCUGCAAUACACAGUCUGCAAUACACAGCCAUCCUGAGUAACGUGAAGGUUACUCAGAUGCCCGUUGUUCUUGCAAGUGAUCUGAUGGCUGCAUCGUGGGACACUGCAGUGGAUCACAAGAGCUGGCAGGAGGCAUUUACAUGGUGAUUCAAAAGUUGCAGUACACCUUUUUGUUUCAAAAACUGGGCAGAAAAUGGGAAAACUGACUUAGAUUCAAAAUGGCGCCCAUGUUCGAUACAUACCCUAAAAGAUAGCCCACCUCACCCAGACCUUCCUGGAGUAUUCAGUUUUCCCAUUUCCUGCACAGUUUUUGAAACAAAAGGGUGUACUGCGACUUUUGAUUCACCCUGUAUUUACAUACCUCCUGCAGUAUUAACAUCUCUGGAUCACCCCUUAUAUUGCCUCAACACAUAUAAGAAACACCCAUAUAAUUAAAACAUAACUACAUGAAUAUAUAAUAAAACAUUAAAAUAUGUCAAACUUUCAUUCUUAUUUUCAAGUUUAAAUGUUUGAUAGAUGUAAUAUCUUUUGGCAACAGGCACUAGGUUUUUCUAAGAGGUCACAUAAAUAUUAAAAGUUAAAAGCCUAUAUAACAAAUGUGUAAUCUUUAAGCAAGGACUGUUAUAAUGGCAGGUGGGAAAAUUAAGCCUAAAACCUCAAAACGUCUGACAAACAAGUGUUGGGUUAGUGUGCCCCUACUGCACACAUGGGCUGUUUCAUGAUUACAUACUGUAUUUAUAGUACUGACUAUACAGCUAUUGUAAUGUAGCAAGCCAAGGUCACUGCAUACUAGCAGGUUCCAUUAUUACAGAUUAACUUGCUGAUCUGGUCACAAUACGAUGUAAAAUACUGCCCGUCAUGUUAUCUAUAUUCACCAUCCAGCAGUUAAUUGCACUCACUGUUAGUAAGUUAAGAAGAGCCGUAAAAGAGUUAUUAAGCUGGGACCACCCCCUACUCCUCUAUCAUAUCACUGAAUAACUCGCUGGCAGCUCUAAUUAUCCAUAAUUAUUAAGCCCUGGAGCGGCCUCUACUAAUAAGUCAUAACGAUGGACAAUUAUUUGGUCUAUUAAUCACACUGACUCUAUUAAUACAUUAAGACUAUGAGCAAGUAACCAGUGUGUGGUAUUAAUUUGCUGACUGCAAAAGAGAUUGCAUAUGAAAAAAAUGGCAGAAUUUUAAAGUCAAUGUGAUCUCUGGACAUGUUUCAGUAAAUCAGCCUGCUUUUAUUUAUCCAUUUAUUGUAUUGCCAAGAGAAGUGGCAUUUUCUAGGAUAUUUAUACUUCUAUUUAUAAUUCUCUAUCUGUUCUUGUGCUUCAGUAUGUGUCCGUAUAAUACUUAUGUCAUACAUUGUCCAUUUAACCAUUUCAUUUUUUUGAAGUCUCUUCCUGAUCAUGUCUCUGUGACGCUCCAUCUAUCAGUUGUAUAUACCAUGCCUGCUUCGAGCAGUAGUUGCAGGUCAAUCUUUAGAGAACUUCUUACAGUCCAGGACAUUACAAUAUUCCUAUUAAAUAAUAUAUGCCAACUACACUAUAUAUAUAUAUAUAUAUAGUAUCUAAUAAUAAUUAAAUAACUUGUAGUUGCUGCACUGAGGGACUUCUGUGGUAUUUAUGGCCCUCUUCUCGGUUCCUAGUGGUGCUGAACCAGUCUGGAUCAUAUACUGUUGCAUAUCUACUUGCUAAAACAGAGACUGGGGACUUUCUCAUAAAGAUAUUUGGUUAGGUCUAUUUUGAAAAUUGUACUACAGUACAGUACAUGGAGAAUCUAGACUUGGAAGCCACACCUAAAUAUACUGCAAUUUGCACAGUAAGGAUAACACAGUCUUAUAUUAACCCUUGCUUAUCAGGCACAUUGAAAUUGUGCCCAUGUACAAUACAAAACUGGGGUACUGGAUUAAACCUCUAAACUCUGAUGAUCUUAAUGAUAGUAAAUAGGUAUAUAUUCAAGGCCUUGGCUUGUGAUGAGUUCCUAAAGAGCCAUUCCUUUAACAUGAAACUGAUAUUGUAGUUGGAAUGUCAAUGGUUAAACUUAUACUAUUUGCCUUAUCCUGUUGUAUUAAAAAUGACCAUGCCAUCAAUUUGAAAGAAUUUCCCUCAUAGGUCUCCCGGCAUUAAUGAAUCUUGAAUUUUUAAUGGUUUAUUUUGGAUUAUACAAACAAGAGAUGGCAAAAUGUUUGCUGAUUAACCAGUAUCAUUGGUGGUGGUUACAUUACACAUUCACUAUGUAAUUAGCUUUGUGCUACUUGCUUACCGUAUAUGUAACUCAAUUAACAGUUGACCCUAGUUGGGGAAGGAACAUGUAAUUUAUUUUGAGGGCAGUCAAUUUUCAUUUAGACAUACAGUAAUAGAGUUAAAUGGUCUGUUGGUAUAUAUAUAUAGUAGCAAGGUAGUUAAGUUGGACCAACUAUUGCACAUGUAUGUGGUAAUCAAGCAAGUAGAUAUCCAGUAUAGUUAUUGGUAAAAUGGACUGGUUAUAAAUAUGGAUCCAAAACAUUAAUGACUUUAAAUAUAUAAGGAAAUGCAGUAAUGUGUCUCAGGAGCUUAGGGGUCUAUUUUCUAAGCCUUGGAGAGAGAUAAAGUGGACGGAGAUAAAGUACCAGCCAACAAACUUCUAAUUGUCAUUUUUCAAACCUAUCCUAUCAUAUUGCAGCUAAGAGCUGAUUUGCUGGUACUUUACCUCCAUACACUUUAUCUCCAUUUAAGGUUUAGUAGAUAGACCCCACAAUAUGUCAUAAAAGUCUACAUACUGGUGUUUCCAAGCAUUGUUGAUGCCACAAAGUAAUCUGGAAGACAUUCAGAUAAAGACAAUUAGAUUAGAUAAAAAUCCAUAUUCCAUAUCACAUAUAGGGGGUAUUCAAUUAGCUCCGAUCAUUUCAGAGCUAUUGAAUUCGCCCCCCAGUGUAUUGAAUUGCAGACCAUUUUCACCCAUUUUUAAGGUAUUUCCACCAAUGCCUUUUCACCUUUUUUAAGUGAUGAGGCAUUAGCGAAAAAUGCCUCAAAAUUAGUGAAAAUGGCCCACUUUUAUGCCGGUGCAGAUAGAUUCCCUGAUCCACAUGCUUUUUGGGUUUGCUGAAUUUUUUGCCUAGACGAAAAAAUGGCCCUGCUAUUGAAUAGGGCGAAUCCCCAUGUGCCCUAAAAAAUAGCAAAAAGCGUGUUUUUUCGCCUACGCAGAAAAAACAAACCUAAUUGAAUAGCCCCCAUAAUUUGCAUUGUAUAAAUGACAAAAUGACAGCACUGCAGAUUUUAUACAAGGUACCAAUCAAGGUUAUAAUACGUGUCUCUUAUUUUCCUAGGUGUUUCCAUUCUCUUGAUCAUACUGUAUAUACUCAGUGAAUUUUACAAGUGUGGUUCAAUAAGUAAGGUAACAAGACCUCUCACAUGUGUAAUGUUCUCUAUUUCCUUCUAUUUCACACCAGGCCAGAGCAGGUAGACCACUGCUUGUCCUCACAGUCACUAGACUGCAUCUCAUAUACAAACAUACUGUCCAAACAUCAGUUGUAAGAUGACGGGACUGGCAGAAACAUUGAGGUUUGUAGUGUGAUCGGAUUUCUGUGUCUAAAGGGCACAUCGCUAACUUGUUGAGGUCUACGGUGAUGUCCGUCAUGUCACAGAAACAGGUUUGGGUUGGGACCACAAGGGUGUGCUUCUUGAUUUCCUCACCAAGGGAGAUACUGUGAAUGCUGACUGCUAUUGUGACAUAUUGAGAGGUUACGGAGCGCAAUUAAUUGAAAGCAACCUUGGUUGAUGAAAACAGGUAUCGUAUUGCUGCACGAUAAUGCCAAGAUUCACCCAGCCAACCACACAUGUUAUGGUGCUACCAUUGGGAGGUAUUGGACCAGGAUAGAUGCCUUGGUGUACUGUUGAAACAAAUGCUAACACAAGUAUAGGGAGUAUGAGGAAAUACAAUCUGUACCAAGGUCAUACUAAUGAUUAUACUGUACGUAUAUGUAUGAGUUCAAUAAAUUUACGCAAUAAGAGGUCUUGGUACCUUAUAUAUUGAUCCACCCUCAUACAUAUAGAAAAUAAGAUUUAAAUUGAGACUAUAUAUAUAUAUAUAUAUAUAUACAUCACAUAGAAAAACUUUAAUGAUAUUACAGGUGUGUAAAAAAGUGUUUUGCACCCUGACUUAUUGUAAGUGCCACAAUCCAGAAAGAACUUUUAGAUUGUCUUCCUCUACAAAUGGACGGUAUGGUAAGGGGUUCCCCAAUGGACACAUUUUAAAUGUUUGUGUAGAAAUGUUAUAAACUCAUUAAAAGAAAGUAAUACAUACAGACAGGGGCAGAUUGGAAAUGGAAAGUGGUCCUGGAAAAAUUUGUAGACGUGGCAUCAAAGGUAUACUGUGUAACCAUGGCAGCAGCACCACCCCUCACAUGUCAACAAACAAAAUGGGGGGGGGGGGCAUCCGGCGCAUAACGGCCCACCGGGGAACUGCCCUGGGGAACAUAUGUCAAAUCCGCCCCUGCAUACAGAGUAAACUCCAAAGUUUAUCCACAUUGCUAGAAGAACAACUCACAGGCUAGAUAAGAAGCGAAGAAAAACAAGCAACAAAUUAUUGAAAAAAUAUUUUUUUAUAUUAUUAUAUAUAUUAAAUAUUAUUUAAAAAAGAACACUGAAGGUGGGUACACACUGACAGAUAUAUCUGCAGAUCAAUUGAUCUGCAGAUAUAUCUAUGGACGGAUUGGGCAGUGUGCUGUGCAUACACACCCCGGCCGCUCCGUCGGUGACUGACCUCAUGAACAGUGCGGGCGUGUACACACGCCCAUCCAGUUCAGCUGUCAAUCACCACCGGCCGCCACAGCAUGUGUACGGGCGGCCGGCUGGUCGCCCGUACACACACAGCGAUGCGCCAAUAUAUCAGUAGCUAUAUUGGCCGUUGGCUGUGCUGCUGGGCCGAUGCGAUAUGUCUGUGAACGACGGCGUUCACAGACAUAUCGCCCGUACACACUGGCCGACGGACCCGCGAUAUAUCGGCCGUUCAAUAGAACAGCCGAUAUAUCGGCCAGUGUGUACCCACCUUAAGGGUCAGUUUUUAUACGUAAUAAUAUAAAUAAAAUGAGGUAUUAUUACUGAUUUACAUGUCAGUAUCUUAAUCACUGAUUCUAUUAAAUGCAAAUUGACAAAAGAAAUCGUCAGUUGUCAAAAGCAUCUACAAAAAUCACUAAAUAACUUAUAUCACUGUUUUCUUUAACAGCAGGUGAAUCUAUGAAAGCUCAAUUUAGUAAAUCAACCUUGGAAAGCACAAAAAAAAAGCUAUUAUGCAUGUACAAGUAUUGAAAUGGCCCAAUUCAUUUUAAUGUUGCUUCCACAGGUGCGCUAUUAACCCAACUGAAAUAAAUGGGUGCAUUGAAAUGUCAAAAGCUCCAUGUGACAGUGCUAGUGACAUUUAGAAACCAUCCUGUAGAUGUGAAUUUCAAAAUAUCUUGCAUUUUUUGCAAUUUUAUUUCCCCAGAGCUACCCAGGAGUAUAUUAAUUAUGCUAAUUAUUAAAAGCAUACUACAAUUUCAUAAAUGUUAUUGCUUUGAGGACUUUCAAUAUCCAGUAUAAUCACACAGUUUUAACGAAUGAAUUAAUCACUCAAUUAUAGACUUCUGCUUCUGUAUCAUUGUAAUGAAAAGCAAGUUGGCACUGUAAAUUCUAAAAAAAAACAUAGAUUUUUGGAAAUUUGGAAUUUACAGUAGCUGGCACCUCCACCUUGGAGUCCAAAUGUAUAACUAUACUAUUAUUAACCUUUUUGGUUAGUAACGGCAAACUUAAUAGAGGGGAUCUCUCACAGUAGGGUUGGCCAUCAGUGAUUAGAAACCAUCAAUGGUCUGUGGCCAAUGGUAACUAGGUUUACCAUCGAUGGUGGAGAACUAUAUAAUUACCCACCAUCGAUGGCUGCCAUUGGGCCCUUUUCAGUAUACACUGGCACUGCAGCAGAGCACAUACAGUCCACUACAGUCCACUGUCGGGAUGAGUGGGCCUGCCACCUACAUCACCUGCCCUCUUCUAGCUUUGCACACACUGCUGACUUAACAAGCUCAGCUGUAAGUCAGCAGCCCUGCACACUUACUCUAUAUUCAUAAGCAAGCAAGGUAACUAAUUGUGUGGGCAGAGGCAGCAGAGGGUUGGUAACAUCCAGUGCGAUUAACAUUCUCCCCUCCAAAAAUGAGACGUUAUCUCUCAGGGAGGGUGCUUGACCUCACAGAAAGCCCACAUAUACUAUAAUCUUGGAGCAUGCUGUCAGGGGGAAGGGGGUGUGGCCUCACGGGAAUUCCCGUUACAUCACUCUGGAGACCUACACAGCAUUCCCAGAAAUGUUGGCCUGCCACAGGAGACUGGUUCACUGGGUGCAGUCCUUUUCGGGUACCCUGUUCGGCUGUGACUCCUCCCUCUGGUGACAUGGCUCCGCCCCCUGUUGUCAUCAAAGGUCCCUUACCACACUCGGAUUUAGAACCAACCGCACGGUCUACAGCCCCCUUGUGAUUCCGCUGUCUGUGCAUGGUUUUUCUCCUUGCCUGUCAGUUACUAACUGUGUCACAGGUUGUCUCAGGCAGCACCGCAGCUGAGCGACUCUCAGCUGUUGCUGUUGCUGCUGUGCUGUGUGCCUGUCUAGUAGUCAGUGUACUAAAUGUGUCAGUGACACAGUAUUAGCUCCCAGGCCCUCCCUCUUUACCCCUCAGCUGCUAGUUCUGUGCUGCGCUGCGCUGCCCUGCUGUUGCUACAGUGACACUGUCAGACAGGCCCCACCGCUGGGAGUCUGGGACCAUGCAAAGUUCACUAAGUUAUAACUUCUGCAGGAAUGGAUCUGCGGCUCUGUACUCACAUGUGCAACAAUGAUGUCACAAACCUUUGAUGCUAUGACUUUACAUAGUUUCAUACCAUCGAUGGUUCAUCUUUGUAUUUCCAUCAAUGAAAACGAUCAUUGGAAAACACACCCCUAUCUACAUCCCUACUUCAAAGAAAUUUCAGUGUGCUCAUUCAUUUAAACUGGCUUUCUACAUAUACAGUAGCACAUAUACUAGAAUUCCUUUGAAAAUACUGUAAGAGAAUUGAAUUUAAUUGAAAAAGCUUAGAGAUUUUAAACAUUUUAGUUACAUUUAUUAGGUGAUUUCUAACAAUUUUGAUCAAUUUAAACAAAGGUGGAAUAUUAAACAUUAGGAUGCCACUUAUCCCUAAAGAGAGUCCUGGGUAUCAGAUGAGCAAGAUGACAUCUGUACUGCUGCAACAUCUAAGGACCCAGUAUUGACCAUAUUACACAAUGCAGUUAGUUGUAUUUAUGUACUGUACUCAUGCACACCUAUAUGCCGACUAUAUGCCGACAUAAUAUACUGUAUAUGUUAUCUUCCGUAUUUUAGUGAAAGGCUGCUUGACAAAUGUAAAUGAAAAUAAUUUUGCCCUUUUGUAUUUGCUGAUACCUGCUUAUGAUAGGAUCCGUGAUAAACUUUAAACACUAUUUCACUUCUCGUCAGAUGUUCUCCAAUAAGAGCCUAUCCUAUCAAGGAGACAGAAGCAGUGUGAUCAUCACACUCCUUCCUGAAUCGGGUCCUCGGCUCAUACUGGCGACAUCAGCCAAGGUAUGUAUCACUAAGAGCUGACAGAGAGGGAUCUGGAGGAUCACUCUCCCUAAAAAUUUGCAAAGCAUUAGCCCAAAGGUUACUAUAGGAUACCUCCAUGGGGGAUGCAUUUGUGGAAGAAAAUAGAGAAAUAGAGAGGCUGCAGCAGAUAGGUGAUAUCUGCUGUGAUCCUUCCAUAGUACAUUUCAGGAAUAAUUAAUAUUUGCGGAUAUCCCCUGAAAAUAUUAGUUUUUGGGAAUAUAUUUAAAAAUAAUAGUGAUAAAUAGGCCCCUAUACAGUAUCUCGUCAAAGAAGCUCACUUUUAAAUUCAUGUUACCAAAUUGCUAUUUGUUAUUUCUUUAUAUUCAAUUUCCUGCCAACUUUUAGUUAAAAUAAGUGCAUAUUUAAGCUGUUUCUAACCAAUCUACUUGUGAGCUGGAGAGUUCGUCUAGUAUGCUGUGUAAACUAAAUACAGCUAAUACCUUCUCUUACAUUUUUUUUUAAAAAUACAUUUAUAUGCCAUUUUAACAGUUCUGCAGGUAGCAAACAAUUUUCAGGCGUAAAUUGUGUAAUAAUGUACAUGAUCACAGGGCUGCUUGAUAGUAACAUAGGGCAACAUAGUGGACAAACAUUCAUGUACAGUAUUACAAAUAAAUCACAUAGCAACAAAGCAUAAUGUAUGCGGAUAAUAGUGAUCCCGGCUGUUUGUCCAUUGAUUGCAGAGGCCAGCAAUAACUAAAACAGAGGUGUAGUAGUAAGCAAUGAAAUGAAUAAGUACUGAGCUGAGCAACAUGUGUAACAUGCUGAUUACAUAAUAGAGAACAGCAUGCCAUAUACAGUACAGUACAAUAAUUGUACAUUUUUAAAAAACAAAUCUGUUUUUCUUAAGUAUUUUUUUAAAGAAAAAAAUACAUAAUAAAGUUAGAAUUUUUUUUAAAUAUACAAUUAUUAUAUAUUUACACCAAACAAGGUUCAUAGUUCAUCACAACUAAUACAUUUGUUUUUGUCAUACAGUUUAUUUAACAGGUGGAGAUGUUAGGAAAUCAAAUAAACUACAUCUAACCACAGUUUACUAAUACCCAGUUUCUAAUGUAAGAAGUUACAUUCAGUCAAAACUGGAGCAAAUUGUCCUGGUGUCCACUGCUCUGUGGUGGUCAUUCCGAGUUGUUCGCUCGCUAGCUGCUUUUAGCAGCAUUGCAAAUGCUAGGCCGCCGCCCUCUGGGAGUGUAUCUUAGCUUAGCAGAAUUGCGAACGAAAGAUUAGCAGAACUGCUACUAAAAAUUUUCAAGCAGUUUCUGAGUAGCUCCAGAUCUAGUCCUAGAUUGCGAUCACCUCAGUCCAUUUAGUUCCUGGUUUGACGUCACAAACAUGCCCUGCGUUCGGUCAGCCACUCCCCCGUUUCUCCAGACACUCCUGCGUUUUUGCCUGACACGCCUGCGUUUUUUAGCACACUCCCGGAAAACGCUCUGUUACCAGCCAGAAACGCCCCUUUCCUGUCAAUCACUCACCGAUCAGCAGUGCGACUGAAAAGCGCCGCACGAACAACAGCAAAACUGCUAAGUUUUUAGUUAAAUAACUAAGGGCAUGUGCAUGCGUGUUUAGCAACAAAUCGCGGCAUAGCGAAAAUCGGCAACGAGCGAACAACUCGGAAUGACCACCUGUGUUCUGUGUUACCUCUACAGCAGUACACAGUUGCACCACCAGUUAUAUUGUCCUUGCAUCCACAGCUCUGUGUUCUGUAUCUUCACAGCAGUACGCAGUUCCACCAUCAGUUACAUUGUCCUUGUGUCCACUGCUCUAUGUUAUGUACCUCCACAGAAUUACUCAGUUCCACCACCAGUUACAUUGUCCUUGCAGCCACUGCUCUUUGUUCUGUGUUACCUCCACAGCAGUAAUCUGCUCCACCACCAGUUACAUUGUCCUUGUGUCCACUGGUCUGUGUUCUAUGUUACCGCCACAGCAGUACGCAGUUCCACCAUCAGUUACAUUGUCCUUGUUUCCACUGCUAUGUGUUCUGUACCUCCACAGCAAUAUGUAGUUCUACCACCAAUUACAUUGUCCUUAUGUUCACUGCUCUGUGUUCUGUACCUCCACAGCAGUGUGCAGUUCCAUCACCAGUUACAUUGUCCUUACUUCCACUGCUCUGCGUCCUGUACCUCCACAGCAGUGCGCAGUUCCAUCACCAAUUACAUUGUCCUUACAUCCACUGCUCUGUGUUCUGUGUUACCUCCACAGCAGUGCGCAGUUCCAUUACCAGUUACAUUGUCCUUACAUCCACUGCUCUGUGUUCUGUACCUCCACAGCAGUGUGCAGUUCCAUACCAGUUACAUUGUCCUUGCAUCCACUGCUCUGUGUUCUGUGUUACCUCCACAGCAGUAAUCUGUUUCACCACCAGUUACAUUGUCCUUGCAUCCACUACUCUGUGUUCUGUGUUACCUCCACAGCAGUGUGCAGUUCCACACCAGUUACAUUGUCCUUGCAUCCACUACUAUGUGUUCUGUGUUACCUCCACAGCAUUGCGCAGUUUCAUCACCAGUUACAUUGUCCUUAUGUCCACUGCUCUGUGUACUGUUACCUCCAAAGCAAUACACAGUUCCACCACCAGUUACAUUGUCCUUGCAUCCACUGCUCUGUGUUUUGUGUUACCUCCACAGCAGUAAUCUGUUCCACCAGUAUUUACAUUGUCCUUGCAUCCACUACUCUGUGUUCUGUGUUACCUCCACAGCAGUAAUCUGUUCCACCAGUAUUUACAUUGUCAUUGUUUCCACUACUCUGUGUUCUGUACCUCCACAGCAUUAUGCAGUUCUACCACCAGUUACAUUGUCUUUAUGUCCACUGCUCUGUGUUCUUUACCUCCACAGCAGUGUGCAGUUCCACACCAGUUACAUUGUCCUUGCAUCCACUACUCUGUGUUCUGUGUUACCUCCAGAGCAGUGCGCAGUUCCAUCACCAGUUACAUUGUCCUUAUGUCCACUGCUCUAUGUACUGUGUUACCUCCAAAGCAGUACACAGUUCCACCACCAGUUACAUUGUCCUUGCAUCCACUGCUCUGUGUUCUGUGUUACCUCCACAGCAGUAAUCUGUUCCACCACCAGUUAAAUUGUCCUUGCAUCCACUACUCUGUGUUCUGCGUUACCUACACAGCAGUGUGCUGUUCCACACCAGUUACAUUGUCCAUGCAUCCACUACUCUGUGUUCUAUGUUACCUCCACAGCAGUAAUAUGUUCCAAAACCAGUUACAUUGUCCUUGCAUCCACUACUCUGUGUUCUGCAUUACCUCCACAGCAGUGUGCUGUUCCACACCAGUUACAUUGUCCUUGCAUUCACUACUCUGUGUUCUGUGUUACCUCCACAGCAGUAAUAUGUUCCAAAACCAGUUACAUUGUCCUUGCAUCCACUACUCUGUGUUCUGCAUUACCUCCACAGCAGUGUGCUGUUCCACACCAGUUACAUUGUCCUUGCAUCCACUACUCUGUGUUCUGUGUUACCUCCACAGCAGUGCGCAGUUCCACCACCAGUUAUAUUGUCCUUGUGUCCACUGCUCUGUGUUCUGUGUUACCUCCACAGCAGUGCACAGUUCCACCAUCAGUUACAAUAUGGUUAGUAGUAUUCAUCCUGCUGAUUAUUUUCUCUACUCCAUGAGAAAGCUGGAAGUAUUUGUAAUAUUGAAAUAUAUGUGUUACAUUUUGCCUUAACCCUAAUCCUGGGCCUGGUGCUUCUGUAUUGUAGCACAUUUUUAACUUUUGCAAGCAUAUUUGAGGCCUGUGUAUGUUGUAUCUUGUAAACAACAUUGUGCAAUUGUAUUUCUUCACUUUCUGUGUAAAUCAGUAGUGCUGUUUUUUAUA